UUCGCAUUUACCCCAGAACAGCAUGUACCAGAACGCACAUUGUCAUUAGUCGAAGGUCGAGGUGGUUGUUCCGUGCUUUCGUAUAGACGUAAACAAUAUCUCAUCAGUAAAAUAAAAUGUAGGAACAUCCACGUAACACAACCGGAUUUCCCGUCGCUUGCAGAGCGAGUGAUGAUGACACAUCAUAAUCGGAGUAUAACUACAUACAGUUUGUUAUAACUACUUUCUAACACAACAAAGAUACAAACUAAAAUUAAUGACGCUGUCGGAAUUGGAGCUGUUGAUGCUGCUGUCGCCGGCGAAAGUGUUGUUUUUCUUCUCAAUGCACAAGCAGAAGGGCUAAAACAGUCUCCCCCCCCCCCAACUCUCUUUAAACCAAAACAAUGGCUGGCGAGGUGCCCUUGAAAAAGAGAAAGGUGGAGACUCAGUGCACCAACCAAGAAGGGCUGGCCAAGCCCAUGGUGAUCACCGUCUUCAGCACCAGCCAACUGGUGCUGCAGAUUCCGGCACAGACCAACACCAGCCUGCCCGUGUGGCAGUUAAUCCACACGGGUCAGGUGGAGGUGGAAUGGAGCGAGGCACCCUACAACAUCAACAUCCGCAUCACCCCUCUUUAUCCUCAGGCUGGAUCCCAGACUCUCUCCAAAACUUCAGCUACAGACCAACUGGUGCCGGUCCAUCAGGUGCCAAAGCUCUUCACCCUGCCGCCAGUGUCAGCCGAACCUCAGACCCAGUCUGUGGUGCCUCCCCAGUUUCAGACUGUGGCCAUGUUACCAGCUCAGACUGUCACUCUGUUUCGUUCUUUGGAUGGAAGCCACCUACAGCCCCUCCGCCCCCCCAUACCCUCUGUCGAUCGCGUAGACCCAGCCUCCUGCCUAUCUCAACCCCUGCCCAGGACGGAAUGGGUCCAGCAGGCCUACUUCCACACCCGCCCCCGGGAAAACAUAGACAUCUGCGACAACUUCCUCUUAGGCUACUGUCCGCGCCGGUCCGAGUGCCCGCUGCACCACACCCCUUACCCCUUCCACUGGCAGAUCCGGCGCCAGGACACCCACCAGUGGAUCAGCACCUCGCACUCGGCCCAGCUCAGUCUGGAGCGACUGUACUCCAACAAGGAGAGGGAGAGCGUCAAGCUGAGGGAGGAGACAGAAGAGUUCACCCUGAAUUUUGACACAAUGCAAAUAGAAGAUUCAGAUAAAUAUGAUUUAGCCAGAAGGCUCUCCAACACCAGCGACCCAUUGAAGAAUCCACACUUUCCCACAGAGUGGAACAUGUACUGGUGGGAUAACUGCCGCUGGGAAUGUUACAAGAAAGACAUAACAAAAGAGCUGGUGACCAGAAUGAGAGCAGGAGAGUCCUGUUGCAGGUUCAUUAUUGGGAAGCAGCAGUACGAGGUGGAUUUAAAAUACCUUACCCAGGAGAACCUCACCACCAAUUUUAUACGCAGAGUACGAUGCCGCCCUACUUUCCGUUCUCCCUUGUCCAUCAAAUCAAACCUCAGAACUGUCAUCCUGAGUGAGGCCCCAGAUUCCAGUUGUCAGAACUACCCCAGCUUUAGCGUGGACCCUCUGGAAAUAUUCACCAGCUGGUACCCACCUGUAUGGACUCCAACCCAUGACCAGGAUGUCAACCUGGUAGAGGUACCGUUUGGGACAGAGGCCUAUCACCAAGUCCAUAGGCUGUUUCACAGAACUAUGUCCGAGACUAAAAUGGAGAUCGUCAGCAUAGAACAAGUCCAGAAUGUCUUUCAGUGGGACAAAUAUCGCAGGCAGAAGCAGCACAUGCACGACCGCAGGCUGGACCAAGGAGGAACGCUGGAGAUGCACCUCUUCCAUGGCACCACCGAGGAUGCUGCCAAAGACAUCUGCUGGAACAACUUUGACCCACGCGUCUCUGGGAAAAACGGAGUGGUGUACGGUCACGGGAGCUACUUUGCCCGGGAUGCCAGUUACUCUAAUGACUAUGCAAGGGCGCCCUCUCCUGUGGGUUUACAGCACAUGUUCCUCGCCAAGGUUCUAGUGGGCAACAUGAGCCUGGGAAAACGGAAAUACUACCGCCCCCCCCAACUGAAAACCAGUAUGAGCAAGUAUGAGUCGUAUAACACGUGUGUCAACCAUUUGGACAAUCCCUCCAUCUUUGUGGUAUUUGACAGCGGCCAGUGCUACCCUUACUACCUCAUAAAGUACAGGGCACUGUCUGAGGUUGUCGACGUUUACAAGUGAGACUCAACAUUCCAUAAAAGAGUAAAUCAGCCAUGGCACUGGGUGAACAGAACAAAUUAUGUCUGCAACAAGCUGAUUCAAAGACAAAUGUAGUAGCAUUCCUGCAGAGUAAUUGACUUGUAAUGGGCUGAGUGGACCUCUAAGCCUUGGCAAAGACUGUGUUCUCUGGUGCCACCUAUAGGCCAUUUGUGAUAUUACAAUUUUACUACUUUAGUUUUUGCUAUUUAGUAGUAUUCCAGUGGGUAGUACAAGCAAAGGAGGAUAUGGGUUAUAAAUUAUACUGGGAAAAAAGGAAAGCAUUGCUAUAAAGGAACACUGGCCUCAUUACCUUAAUGGGCCAAACCUCAGAAGUAUAGUAGCAGCCAUCAAUAGUGUUAAUGGUUGUUUUCAGUGCCCACAAUGUAUUUCUCAGAACUGUAUGUCACUGACAAAUGAGAAGCUGUUACAAAAUUAACUGACUUGGUUUUUGCACUGUUCCUUGUUGUCAUUGUAAAUGCUGUUGCAGUAGGUUCCCAUUUUACAAAAGCUUAAAAUGCAUAAUUUUCUUUAAAUUAUGUGGCGUGCCAUGAGUCACAAAUCAGUUAUGCCGUUUUCAUUUUUCAGUGAGCAGAAAUGUUUGAAAUAAACGUUGCAUUGUGGACACGUGUGUGAAGUUAGGACCCUGUGCAGUUCACCACUUCUUUUUAGCUUUGAUAUUAUUUAUCAAGCUGAAACGUCACCGGACCAGCCGUUCUCUUAUAGCCCCCGACCUGUUUCCACUGGGCAGGGUAACGGCUGCCUGUGGAUCUGGCUCCUGCCAUUUCAGGUGGGCGUAUUACAUUCAGGCCUCAGUAUGUUUAUGUCUGUAUGUCGCCUGAGUGGAGGGGAUGCAGCUGACGCCUCGCUGUAUUUGCAUAUGGAAGAGAGUGACUGUCAGCUGUACUGCACCCAUCCAAGUAGUGAAAUCAAGAGGAAUCAGGUUUCUGAAUAGUCACCCCCUUUCUAAAUAAAAUCAUUGUGGUUUUAUACAGCCCAAGAGCACCGGUGGAAUAAAAAA